CGUGUUGUCAUCGGCGGCGCGACGGGCGGCGGCGGCGGCAGCGCAGGCCCCGGCGGGGCGUUUGGUUUCGGUUUGGCCCGGGCUGCCCGCGGUGCUGACGGUUGCCAUGGGCGUCCCCAAGUUUUACCGGUGGAUCUCGGAGCGGUACCCCUGCCUCAGCGAAGUGGUGAAGGAGCAUCAGAUUCCUGAGUUCGACAAUCUGUACUUGGAUAUGAACGGCAUCAUCCACCAGUGCUCCCAUCCCAACGACGACGAUGUCCACUUCAGGAUUUCCGAUGAUAAAAUCUUCGCGGACAUUUUCCACUACCUGGAGGUGCUGUUCCGCAUCAUCAAGCCCAGGAAAGUAUUCUUUAUGGCUGUUGACGGUGUCGCUCCGCGAGCAAAAAUGAACCAGCAGCGUGGGAGGCGUUUUAGGUCGGCAAAGGAGGCCGAAGACAAAAUCAAGAAGGCAGUGGAGAAAGGAGAGACCCUUCCUGCCGAGGCCAGGUUUGACUCCAACUGCAUCACACCAGGGACUGAAUUCAUGGCCAGGUUGCACGAGCAUCUGAAGUAUUUUGUAAAUCUAAAAAUUUCUACAGACAAGUCAUGGCAAGGAGUUACCAUCUACUUCUCGGGCCAUGAGACUCCUGGAGAAGGCGAGCAUAAAAUCAUGGAAUUUAUCAGAUCCCAGAAAGCAAAGCCAGAUCAUGAUCCCAACACCAGGCACUGCCUGUAUGGUUUAGACGCUGACUUGAUUAUGCUUGGAUUAACAAGCCAUGAAGCACAUUUCUCUCUUUUAAGAGAAGAGGUUCGGUUUGGCGGCAAAAAGACACAAAGAGUAUGUGCACCAGAAGAAACCACAUUUCACCUCCUACACUUGUCUUUAAUGAGAGAAUAUAUUGACUAUGAGUUUUCAUCAUUGAAAGACAAGAUCACAUUUAAGUAUGACAUCGAAAGGAUAAUAGAUGAUUGGAUUUUGAUGGGUUUUCUUGUUGGCAAUGAUUUUAUCCCCCAUCUACCUCAUUUACAUAUUAACCACGAUGCACUGCCUCUGCUUUACGGAACAUAUAUCAGCGUCCUGCCAGAACUCGGGGGCUACAUUAAUGAAAGCGGGCACCUCAACUUACCUCGUUUUGAGAAGUACCUUGUGAAAUUAUCAGAUUUUGACCGGGAGCACUUCAGCGAAGUGUUUGUGGACCUCAAGUGGUUUGAGAGCAAAGUUGGUAACAAGUACCUCAAUGAAGCCGCGGGUGCUGCCGCCGAGGAAGCCUUGAACUACAAGGAAAAGAAAAAAUCAAAGGACCAGGAAAACUUGUGUUGGGCUGCUUUAGACAGAAAUGAAGAAAUGGCAGCAUUGAAGGAUAAUCUUGAAGAUGAGCCUGAGGAUGACGACCUAUUUGAAACAGAGUUCAGGCAGUACAAGAGAACAUACUACAUGGCCAAGAUGGGGGUGGAUGUGGUGUCUGAUGACUUCCUGGCGGCCCAGGCCGCAUGCUACGUGCAGGCCAUCCAGUGGGUCCUGCAUUACUACUACCACGGGGUGCAGUCCUGGAGCUGGUAUUACCCCUACCACUACGCUCCCUUCCUGUCCGACAUCCGCAACAUCAGCGCGCUCCAGAUCCAGUUUGAACUCGGGAAGCCCUUCAAGCCAUUCGAGCAGCUGCUCGCUGUCCUCCCAGCCGCCAGCAAGAGUCUGCUGCCCGCCUGCUACCAGCAUUUGAUGACCAGCGAAGACUCGCCGAUCAUAGAGUAUUACCCUCCGGACUUCAAAACAGACCUCAAUGGGAAGCAGCAGGAGUGGGAAGCCGUGGUCCUCAUCCCGUUCAUCGACGAGAAGCGGCUGCUGGAAGCCAUGGAGACUUGUAAUCACUCCCUCAAGACGGAGGAGAGGAAGAGAAACCAGCACAGCGAGUGCCUCAUGUGCUGGUACGACGGCGACGCAGACUUCCCCUACGCCUCGCCCUGGCCGGAGAAGUUCCCCGCCAUAGAGCGGUGCUGCGCAAGAUGUAAAAUAAUAUCCUUAGAUGCUUGGCGUGUAGACAUCAGCAAGAACAGGAUAACCAAAGUUGACCAGAAAGCGUUGUAUUUCUGUGGAUUCCCUACGCUCAAGCACAUCAAACACAAAUUUUUUUUGAAGAAAAGUGGGGUUCAAGUGUUUCAGCAAAGCAGCCGUGGAGAAAACAUGAUGUUGGAAAUAAUGGUGGAUCCGGAUUCAGAGGAUGCUAGCGUCGAGAAUGUGGCUUCAUCCAUCCUUGGGAAGUCUGUGUUUGUGAAUUGGCCUCACCUUGAGGAAGCUAGAGUGGUUGGCGUAUCAGACGGAGAAACCAAGUUUUACUUGGAAGAACCUCCGGGAACACAGAAGCUUUAUUUGGGGAGAGCCGUGCCGCCAUCUCAAGUGGUUCAUCUUGGGGACAAAGAACAGUCUAAUUGGUCAAAAGAAGUUCAAGGAAUUUCAGAACACUACCUUAGGAGAAAAGGAAUAAUAAUAAAUGAGACACCUGCCGUUGUGUAUGCUCAGUUACUCACGGGCCGGAAAUACCAGAUCAGCCCCAACGGCGACGUUCGCCUGGAGAAACAGUGGUCAAAACAAGUGCUUCCGUUUGUGUUUCAGACCAUUGUCAAGGACAUCUGCGCGUUCGACUCGCGUUUCUCCACCAUCAGGACUCUGGGUGACCUGUUCCCCACCGGGAGCGUGGUCUUCAUGCUCGGUGCCCCCUAUUACGGCUGCACCGGGGAGGUUCAGGACUCGGGGGAUGUGAUCCCCGAAGGUCGGAUCCGCGUGCUCUUCAGCAUCCCGUGUGAACCUGCGCUGGACAUGCUCGUCCAGAACCAGCAUAAAUAUUCUAUAAAGUACAACCCAGGAUAUGUGUUGGCCAGUCGCCUUGGAGUGAGUGGAUACCUUGUUUCAAGGUUUACAGGAAGUAUUUUUAUUGGAAGAGGAUCUAGGAGAAACCCUCACGGAGACCAUAAAGCAAAUGUGGGUUUGAACCUCAAAUUCAACAAAAAAAAUGAGGAGGUUCCCGGCUACACGAAGAGAGUCGGAAGCGAGUGGAUGUACUCAGCGGCCGCGGAGCAGCUCCUCGAGGAGUACUUGGAGAGAGCCCCAGAGCUGUUCAGUUACAUAGCCAAAAACAGCCAGGAGGAUGUGUUCUAUGAAGAUGACAUUUGGCCUGGAGAAAACGAAAAUGGAGCCGAAAAAGUUCAAGAAAUUAUUACUUGGCUAAAAGGUCAUCCUGUCAGCACCUUGCCUCGUUCUUCUUGUGAUUUACAAAUUCUGGAUGCAGCAAUUGUUGAGAAAAUUGAAGAAGAAGUUGAAAAAUGCAAGCAAAGGAAGAGCAAUAAGAAGGUGCGCGUGACGGUGAAGCCCCACCUGCUCUAUCGCCCCCUGGAGCAGCAGCACGGCGUGGUGCCCGACCGCGACGCCGACUUUCGCCUCUUCGACCGGGUGGUGAACGUGAGAGAGAACUUCUCGGUGCCCGCCGGCCUCCGGGGCACUGUCAUCGGGAUCAAAGGGGCUAACAGAGAAGCCGAUGUGCUGUUUGAAGUACUAUUUGAUGAAGAGUUUGCUGGAGGCUUAACCAUACGGUGCUCUCCAGGCCGCGGCUACCGGCUGCCCCCCAGUGCCUUGGUGAACCUGUCCCACGGGAGCCGCUCAGAGACGGGGGGCCAGAAGCUCACAGCCAUCGUGAAACCACAGCCCGCUGCCAGCCUCAACCACUCCCCGCAGUCCCCGUUUGUUCCCACGCAGGCCCCCACUGACGACGAGGACGAGUUCUGCACCAUCUGGCAGUGUCUGCAGGGUGCCAGUCCUGCCCCACCGCCCCAGGAAAAGGGCGCCGUGCCCCCUCCCGAGAAGAGUCACGCGUCUCGCCCCCACCAGCCCAGCCCAGCGGACAGUGCCAAGGGCCAGCCGAGGAAGCAGGAGCUGCACAGGAAGCUUAAAGAAGAGUCCCGGAGUGCCAAGGCCGAGAGCCGGCCACACCGAGGGCCCGGCAAGCAGGCUCCUGGAGGGCCUGGGAAAUCUAACAUUAAGCUGUUGAAGAGAAAUGAAAAUGCGGAAGUCACAGGAAACCAGAAGGCGGCAGGUCUUCCAAAUUCUAAUAAGCCAAGCCCCGGAAUCGAGAACAUUCUAGCAUCCUUGAAUCUCCACAAAGAAAAUGAAGGACAGGCUCCUCGUGAAGAGCCACAGGAGGAACACCUGUCCCCGCAGUCCUUCGCCCUGAAGGGAACACGGAUGCUCAAGGAAAUUCUGAAAAUAGACAGCUCUGGCCUCGCAGACCAUAGGAACGAAACGAAGCAGUUUGGAAACGAAGCCUCCGUCUCCACGAGCAACAGAGGGGAGCGGGGACCCUCCUCCCAGGCCAAACAAGGCAAAAAACCGACCUCUCAUGCUGACAGCGGCCCCGGCGCUGAGUACCGGCACGUCCUGCCCGUGGAGAACGUCUGCUGGCCCGCGCCCAGCCAGCUCCCGCCUGUGCCCAGCUCCGUCACCGAGCUCUGCCGGCUCUGCUCCCUCGUCGGCGUGCCGCAGCCCGAUUUCUCCUUCCUGCGGACACCACAGACGAUGACGAUUUGCCAAGUCAAACUGUCCAACGGCCUGCUGGUGCAGGGCCCCCAGUGUCCCUCGGAGAGCGAGGCCCAGGAGAGGGCCGCAUUCUCGGCCCUCCAGCAGCUGGGCACCUUCGGAAUGAACUUCCCUUUGCCACCGCCCAUGUUUCCUCCACCCACCUACCCCGCUGCCGUCCCGCCCGGAGCCAUCCCUCCGAUUUACCCCCAGCCGACCGGCUGGGAGCACUACGGAAGCAGCCUCGCCCUGGGACCAGCCUCCAUCAUGCCGCCGCCGCCUGCCCACCUGCCCAGCUCCCUGCCGUGGGGCGCGCCGGCACCCGGGAAGGCCUUCCACCACAGCGCCUUUGCCGGGCCACCCGCUGGGGUGCACCACCAGUUCAUACCCCUGCAGGUCACUAAAAAGCGGGUUGCAAGCAAAAAGAACUUUGAGAAUAAGGAGACCCAGAGUUCCCCAGCCACCGCCCCUCAGACCAGCCAGCCCGCACCCCCGGCCGCGCCUGGCAAGCCAUCACCCAAACUGCAGCCCACCCCCGCGGGCCCCUCAGACAGUCCCGCCCAGGGCCAGGGCGCCCCCCUCCGGAAAGCACCAGCCAGCUCGUCCAGGAGGAAAUCAAGAAAGCUGGCUGUCAAUUUUGGCAUUUCCAAACCUUCUGAAUAAAUUUGGUACCUGGAAUGACAUAGUUUCUCUCCUCUUCCACCCUCCUGUUCAUAAUCCCAUCCCUGUCUCGUGAAACUCAAAAUGUGCUGUUUUUAACCAUUUCAGUUGUACAUAAUCUUGUUUUCAGGCCCUUUUCAUGCUGUUUAAAAGAUUGCAAAUCGAGUUGCAC